AACUGCUUGGUAAUGAUCAGGUUAUCAAUACGAUGCUAGUUUUAAUUUUUUCCUUUUUUGUCUUGCAGGUUCCUAUACGCAUGAUAGAAUCAGUGGAGUGUAGAGAUAUAUUUUAUUUGUAUAUUUUUUGUAAGGAUGGAAGAUCAUUCAGGUGUACCUUUUCAACCAAUGAGCAAUGUCAAGAAUGGUACAAGAGACUGGGUAAUGUGACAUCUCCGUUGUCUAAAAUAGAAGACUUAUUUGCCUUUGCAUUCCAUGCAUGGUGUUUUGAUGCCAUACACUGCCAACCUGAUAUUGAUUGCAGUACUGAAAUGUAUUCAUUUUUCGUUUCACCGGGUGGAUUUCGUUACAACUUUGAUUUAGAAAGGGAAAGGCUUGGUUUUCAUUUAAGUGGUUGCUGGAGAAUAUGCACACUGAAUGAAGAUUUCACAUUUUGUCCCACAUAUCCGAAGAAAAUUAUCGUUCCAGCAUGGAUCUCAGAUAAACAGUUAACCAGCAUUGCUAAUUUCAGAUCAUCAAAGAGAAUACCAGCUGUGGUUUGGAGACAUCCCCACAAUUCAAGCGUGAUUGCGAGAUGCAGUCAGCCAGAGGUUGGCUGGCUUGGCUGGCGUAACUCGGAUGACGAGACUUAUCUGCAUAUGCUGGCAAUAACAUGUGCUAUUGAUCAAAAGAGUACACUGAGUGGCGAGAAAACGCCUGCGUUAAUCAACGGUAAUCCAGGUGGUGACGACAGCGAUGAUGAUAACAGUAUGCUCACUGUACCUCAUAUUUGUGAGGAUGACCCAAUCCAAACACAGGCUAAAAAAGUGUUAAUCAUUGACGCAAGGUCAUAUACUGCAGCUGUAGCAAACAGAGCGAAGGGUGGUGGAUGUGAAUGUGCAGAAUACUACCCGAAUUGUGAGAUACAGUUCAUGAAUCUUGCAAACAUUCAUGCUAUCAGGAAGAGUUUCCAAAGUGUGCGAAGUCUAUGUGCAAUAUCUCCAGAUCAGUCCAGGUGAGUUGUAUCUACAAACGUAUAUUAUAUGACAUGGUUUUCCAGCUUAGUUGAAGCAUUGAAAUCUACCCUGACAGUAGUCAGUGCCAUUGAGAAAGAGAAAAGGCCUGUGUUAGUUCAUUGCUCCGAUGGCUGGGAUAGAACACCUCAGAUUGUGGCAUUGGCUGAACUACUGCUGGAUCCUUACUAUAGAACAAUAGAGGGAUUUCAAGUGUUAGUGGAGCGGGAAUGGUUGGACUAUGGACAUAAAUUUGCAGACCGGUGUGGACAUUCUGUGAACAACGACGACAUCAAUGAAAGGUGUCCUGUCUUCCUGCAGUGGCUAGACUGUGUUCAUCAGCUACUAAAACAGUUUCCAUGUGCAUUUGAGUUUAACGAAACUUUCCUGGUGAAAUUGGUUCAUCACACGUUUUCCAGCUUGUUUGGAACAUUCCUUUGCAAUAGUGCCAUGGAACGACACAACUGUAGCAUUGCAGAUAGGACCUGCUCAGUGUGGUCGUUUGUCCAAGUCUAUAAACACCAAUAUUGCAAUUUACUCUAUUCACCCCAAGACGAACAGGUGCUAUGGCCUUCCUGCCAUAUGAGGAACCUUCAUCUGUGGACUAACAUGUUUAUGUUCAACUCCGCUCCAGCUUCUCCCGAUGAUAAUUUACAUAUGCAAAUUAGUAGCAAUGCAAUUGAUAACAUCACUGCUAAAGUCUUGAAAAGGCAUCGUACUCGGUCAUGUGACGAUAUUCACGAAGCAAUGAACAAGGAUGAUGAUUCAAGGGCAGUCAAUGCUGAGCAUCAAACAAGUGGUCUUGUGCGUACUUCCAGUGAUCCGAACCUGCGUGAACAUGUACACGAUUCUGGACUGAUGAAUGACAAUCAGAUUGGGAACAGCGUCACAAAGCUGACACAAAGCAGUGAAGGUACGACUGAGAGCUUAGUGACUGCUCCGGAAACAUUAACUGAUGAAUUUACAAGCACUGACAGCGAAAAUGGCAAUAGUGAUUCUGCGGAAGUUGUCGAAAAUGGUGUGAUUUCAAGCGCGGAUGAAGAAGAUUUGAGCAAUGGAGUAAAUGAGGGUGAGAUUACAUGUAACGGUACUUAUAAUGGUUUCAAAGAAAGCAGUGAAGAUGAAGAAAGUACAGAGUUACAGCCGCUGAAGAACUCUAGUCCAGUUAUCAAGAUGGUAGAAACGCUUCAAGUGAAUGGCACUUCAGGAGAGGAGAUAGUUCGAGAUAAUAACGUCUCCCCAAAUGCAAUGGAAAGCUCAACUGAAACGUUAACAGGCGAUUCAGGAUGUAAAAUAAACGGAGAAAUUGUUACGAAAAGUGUUGAGAAAGACACAAAUGAAAAUAGCAAAGAGGAUGGGCAAUCGGAUCAACUAGGAUUAGAGCUAGUGAAAACAAGCACUGUGAGCACUAGCACUACUGAUAUCAGUGACUCUUGUAUUGAUUUGAAAAACCCUAAUUUACACGAGCCUGCCAGUCAUGGACACUUAGAACAUAGGCACAUUCCUCAACCUUUAAAUUUGCACACCAGUACCAACGAUACCAGUAACGGGUGUGUAAAUAGUAACUAUAUGAAUGGAAAUAAUACUAGUCCCACAAACAGCUCAGAAUAUACUACUCCCAAUCUCAGCCCUAGGGUCGAAAUUUUGAAAAAAGGCGAUUUUGGAUGUGCAAUCAGCAGUCCGUAUCCCCGGCUUGAUGCCGAUGGUUUGACUUCAUUGCCAGAUAGCGUUCAGGAGCGGCUCUUUGAAAUUGAGCAGAAAUACAGGCGUGAAUUGGGAUACCUGAGAAGAGAGCUUCACAUGACAAAAUUAGCUUUUCAAAAUAAUAAAUUGCCAGGAUUGAAUGGCGAAACAAAAGAAGAAACGAUUUCAUUACCUGACUCUGUUGUAAGUGGUGAGCACCCGCCGCAGUCUAACUGCAGCUCACUCAUGUCUGAUUUAUCAUGGGAAAAAGUGGAAGAACGUGAUACUCAAGUGACUUUAUGGGUUCCCGAUCAUGCUGCUAAUCGAUGCUUUAACUGUGAUGCAUUGUUCUAUAUGCUUCAACGGAAGCACCACUGCAGGAACUGUGGCCACAUUUUCUGUGCCAAAUGUUCAGAUUACAAAACACCUAUUCCAAAGGAACAACUCUUCGACCCAGUGCGUGUGUGCUGCACCUGUUUUGAUCAGCUACAGGCGGAACAAUUAAAAAAACUUGCUGAAAUGGAACACGAUCAACCAAUCGCUGCUGGGGCUAAAUAG